AUGAACCGCCUUAGGCGCAAAGACCGACGCGGGGCCGUGCAACUCAACGGUCUCGGCCCCACUCUUCGGCACCGGACUCUACCAGCUGUACCGGUAUCUACGCCUCUGAAGACGCCAGCUUCAUUUGACCUUGCGCCUCUUGACUUUGGCUUUGGUCCGCAACCGAUACAGUCAGAGUUCAGCGUAGACUGCUACCGCUCUGCGUCGCCUGCCAAGCUCGAUUUAAGCCUCGAGCCCUACAGUAGCAACUGGACUGAUAGUCUUGACAUGCGGGAGAUGAGCACAAUCUCUAGUAUUAGCGCCGAUACAUUUUCUUCUACUGGUUCUAUACUUUCUUCUGUCUCAACUGAUUUCGGAGAUACACUGACCGUCCGGAACGGUCGAGGUUCGUCAAGGGGCCCGAGUCCGCUAAGUCGAGGCGGGCGAACUAACAGCCUUGACAAUUCGACGCCUUCUUUUGUUUGCCUGGGGCCUCAGUGCCAGCGAGCUUUCUCGUCUGACAAAGAGCUUAAAUCCCAUGUCAAAUCUUCUCAUACUUAUAUAUGCAACUGGGCGGGCUGCGACCAACCAAGCUUCUCCACCAGGGACGGGCUCAUCUACCACGUCCAGGUUCAGCAUCUUGUUAUUUGCCCAUCGCUUGGUUGUACAGAAAAGUCUUUCCAGAGUAUCCGUCUUCUACAGUCUCACAUUUCCAUGGCCCACCCUGAGGAUGGUAAAGAUGACGCAAAAGAAUGGGAGCUCCAGCCGAAGGUCAAUGAUAACACAGAGACGGCUGGCAGGUCAUCCCCAGAUGAAGCACAUAUUCAGCCCAUCACUUGUCGCAAGAGAAAGCACAAAGGCCAUGAGACAGAAAUUGUAAACAACAAAAAACGUCAAAUUCAAGAAAGACUUCGCAAUGUUGUCGAGAAGCGAGCUAGAAAGAAUGCGGGCACUCCACGAAGUGCCGAGAGUCCAACAGACAUUAUCCGAGGACGAGCUUCACGGCGCAUAGAAACAACGAGCUUUCCUCUGGUCUUUGAGCACGCUAUUCUCCCUUUCCUAUCCGAAUACCUACCCAUCUGGGUUGGCCCCCGCCAUGUAGUCACAGUCACUCGAGGCAAAUCGCCACAGAUGAAAAGAAUCUGCAUCAUGACUCCGAAAGCAAUUUCGCGAGCUCGCAAGAUCAUCAUUGCCAACCACGUUCAAGAUCUCAUCCCGAACAAUUUCUCUAAACUGGUUACCUUUAUGUUUGCGCAAGGCGAGAUCAACCGUACUGUAACGUGGGCUCGUGGCCUGGGCAAAGAUCACAAAGAUGAUAUCUGCGCUGCUAGAAACCCCUUUUUCUUUCGCGAUCCUUGCAUGGGCGAUAGCAUCGGUGUUACAGGGAACGGAACCCACGCUGAUAGCACUGCUACUCUUGGUCCUUGCCUUACUGUUGGUGGUGGGAAAUACUGGCUGGGCAACUUCCAUCCCUUCAUGGAGGCCUAUCAGCAACUUUCUCAAGUGCAGGUUGAGCACCCAUCUUCUCAAGACCGUAAGCGCUGCAUAGAUGAAGGCCACGAUGCAAUGGCCCAGGAGACAAACUUUAAGCUCGGCAAACUCGAAGUAACUUCUGGUCUUAACCUCAAAACGACGAGGAUCUCGCAUGAUCCUUACUGGGACGAGUGCGAUAUGGAUAAGCCCCUUGUUGUAACGGACUGGGCUCUCAUCGGUUCCCGCACUUCGCAAGCCAACAUUCUUCGCAGAUUUCCUUCGGAAACUCAACCGCCGACUCAAGAACCCAUCGUGACUACCACAACAGCUAUUGUGCCGGGCGCCGACGUCUUGUCCAGCGGCCGAACAUCCGGGUAUCAACGAGGUCAGAUCUGCGAAAUCCCCGCGUAUGUCUCUGGAGAAGAAAACCAAACCCAAAAGGCCACGAGAGAAUGGUUCAUCGAGGAGCCAUGGCCGCAAGACGAUGAAGAUGCUUGGAUCCGGGGUGGCAUCGGCGUUAAUGGCGACAGCGGUGCUGGUGUUGUAGACAUGAACACCCACGGACUCGUUGGACAGGUCUGGGGCCGCAAUAGCUACUGGGGCCCCGGACAGCGCGUUACCUAUUUCACUCCCAUCGCAGAUAUUCUAGACGACAUUCAGGAAAAGUGUGGUCAGCAAUCACGUCCUCAGCUACCACAGUACCGCGAUGAGGCGAACUGUUUCCCCCUACAUCCUUCAUGUCGUCAGUGCUUUGAUCUACGAGCAUACCUUAAUAGCAGCAGGAGGAGUUCACGAAUGUCGCUUCAGAGCAUGAUAAUGGGCACAGGUGAUGGCGACCAGGACCUUACCUCUAUUGAGGCUGUUUCGGAGCUAGCUACACCGAGAGAUUACCAUCGCUAUCCGGGCAUUGAAGAGGCGGGCGCUUCUUUCAACGGCAUCGUCUCUCCACCUGGGCCCGGUGGCUAUCCAGGAACUCCUCUGAUAGCUGAUAUGAAGAGCCCUUAUGCUGCUGAGUUGGACCUUGAGGAUCUUUAUGAGCCAGAAGCUGCUGCAGCACAGGCUCGAAAGAGAAGACCAUCCGGUCUAAUCGUCGGGCCAGGUCUAGAAAGGUGGAAGAGGCAGAGAGCUGGUGAUUGA